AUGGCGAACAAGCUCUUCCUCGUCUGCGCAACUCUUGCCUUCUGCUUCCUUCUCACCAACGCUUCCAUCUACCGCACCGUCGUCGAGUUCGAUGAAGAUGACGAGACCAACCCCAUAGGCCCACAAGGCCCAAGAAAGAAAUGUCAGAAGGAGUUUCAGCAAUCACAACACCUAAGAGCUUGCCAGCAAUGGAUCCGCAGGCAAUCGAUGAAACCCCGUUAUGGUCCAGGCGCCGACGUGGAAGAGCUCGAUUUCGUAGACGACUUUGAGAACCCACAAGGCCCACAGCAGCAACACCCGAUACUCCAGCAAUGCUGCAACGAGCUUCGCCAGGAAGAACCAGUUUGCGUUUGCCCUACCUUGAAACGAGCGGCCAGAGCGGUUAGACUCCAGGGACAGCACGGACCAUUCCAAGCGAGCAAAAUCUUCCAGACCGCUAAGCAGUUGCCUAACAUUUGCAACAUUCCACAAGUUGAUGUUUGCCCUUUCAGGAGCAUCCCUUUCUUGCCUCCUUACUACUAG